UCAGUAUUCAGUAGUCACUAUAUAGUCGACCGGUCGCCAGUGUCUGCGACCGUUGGUUGUGUACUUGUGUCGGUAUUUGCACUUUUGUGUUUUUUGAAUUUUUUUAUUCGUUUGUCAUUUUGUUCUUUCUGAUUUAAUAUAUUCUGUGGUAUCAUCAUGACAAAAUGUAUUAAUAUAUACUUUGUCAUUAAUUAUUGUCGCUUAGGAACCGGAAUAUUAUGAUUCGAAAACGUUAAACGACAAAAUCCAGGAACAUAAAAACGUUCGACGCUCAACACUUUCGAGUCUUGACGCUCGAGUUCUAUUGUUCAAAGUCGGCUUUACGGACUUAAACGAUUAUUUAACACUUAGAGGCUGCUAGUCUAGUAGUGGCGAUGGAACAACAAACUGAUGUCGUGGACGCAAAGUUGCACGAAGUUGUUAAACAGUCUCUAAAAGAUGGUCCUAAUUGGAACAACUUUGCAUUAACAGUUGAAACAGAAAUAAGAAAAAUCUUAAAAGAAAAACGUGUAAUCAAUAGUACUACAGAAAAGAAACCUGAACAAUCUGAAACAAUUGAGUUGAUUAACAAGCUCAUAUCUGAAUACAUGGAUUGGAUGGGAUACAAAUUGACAAACUCAAUGUUUAAGAAAGAAUUGGGAACCGAGUUAAAGACAAAUGGUUAUCGGAAGCAGAUGACUUCAUUAUUAUGCCUUGAAGACAGCGAUGAAACAUUAAAACUGCCUCUUCUUACAGUGUUAAUAACAAUGUUUAAGAAUAAAGACGGAGACAAUAAAAAACCUUUAGAUAUUUGAGGCAUAACCUUCCAUUUAAACCAAAUACUUUUAUAUUACUUAUGUAUUAUACAUCUCUGUAAAUUAUUGUAAUCUUUAGUUAUACGAUAUAAUUUAAUGUAAAGAUUAAUAUUUUACAACUGUUCUGUUGUAACAAAUAUAACUGCUAAGCAAUAAAAAAAAA